AUGGAAGCAAGCUCCACCCCCAGGAUCAAGGUGGAGGAGAAGGUGGGUUCGGCUUCAGAAGACCAUCUGAUCACCCUCAAGGCCCUGGUGCAGAAGCUGAGGCUGGAAACACGGAGGCUGUCCUACCUCGAGUGGAAGGCCCGUUUAGAGGCCCAUAGCACCAAAGCCCUGAUCAUACCACAGCAGAGCACCAGGGACUUAGCCAAACGACAGCCGGUGGAGCCCAGAGAGAGCCCCCUGACCUCGGGUUUGAUCUGGCAGCACAGCCUGCCCGCUGGAGUACUGAGGAGAUUUAAGAACAUCGAUGAGGCUGUGGGGUGGCUCAGGAAAGAACUGAAGGACAUGCCUCUCCAGGACCAGCAGUUGGCCCAUCAGCUGAUGCGUCUCCAUAGCGACAUCAACAAACUGAAGAUCGAGCAGACGUGUCACCAGCACCGCCGCAUGCUCAACGAUGCCACCUACGGGCUGGAGGAGAGAGAUGAGUUGAGCGACCUGCUCUUUGACUUCCCCGUCACCCCCGGGUUCGGACUCUCCACCCCGCUGAGACUCAUAGGGGUCACCAAGAUGAACAUAAACUCUCGACGCUUUUCCCUCUGCUAG